CUCCACCGGCGCCGCUGGCUGCUGCUGUGCCCUUGUAAGCUGGCUACAUGGUAGAGUACCGCAUCCUGGAGCUCUGGAGCUGAGAGUGCGCCGUGCGCCGUGCGGGCCCACGAGAAACCUCAACUCAACUCAUCUCACCUCACCUCAUAUCGUCCCAUGGCUAUUUUCUCUUUUUUUCUUCUUCUAUUUUUUUUCUCUCUCUUUGGCACGACCGUCCCGUCCCGUGCGGCCCUCAUCCAUCGACUCCUCUCAUCACGCACUUUCUCUUCAGCUUUCUCUUGCAGCGCUGCAAUGUCCCGUGCACGCUUCAUAGGUACCGGUAUGAACGGUACUGGCGCUGUGAGUACCGUAGGUAUCUGUAUUCUGUAUGUAUCUCCAAACUGCCUCUGCCUCUGCCUACUCUACAUACUGCGCAUCACAAUGUGAGCACAUCCAAGCCACGGCGCUCAACGAAUCUCAACAAAUCUCGACGAAUCUCGACGGAUCUGGACGAAUCUCGAGACCUCGACAUGCUGCAGCCUUUUCUUUUUCUCUUUCUUUUUCUUUUUCUUUUUCUUUUUCUU